AUGGAACAAUUAGCCUCAUCGUCAAUUUCUAGCGAAGUACAAGUUUCUAACGAAAAAUACUUCUUACUUUCUGAUGGUCGUCAAUUAGCAUAUACCGAACAAGGUGAUACCGAUAGUAAUAAAAUCAUUAUCUUUUUUCACGGAGCAUUUUGUGUUGGUGAUUGUUCAAAUGAGAAUGACUGUUACCAAGAAAUUGAAUAUCAUUUUAUUAUGCCUACACUUCCCGGUUGGGGUAAUAGUUCAUCAUGGCCGAAGAAUCAACCAAUUUCAAAUUAUCCUAAUGAUGUUCAUCAAUUAUUAUCAUCGUUAAAGAAAAACAAUAAUAAAAAUCUUCGAAUCGUUGUUGCUGGUGGUAGUUAUGGAUCGGUUUAUGCACAAAUUUGUUUUAGUACAUCAACUGAUAUAAUGCCUGAGGUUACCCAUGUUCAAUCGUUAAUUGUCUUGUCUGGUUUUUCACCAUUCAAAUAUCAUAAAAAGCAUACUGAUGGAAUGAGUUGGUCCAGUUAUUUUGCGAUUGGGAGUCCAAGUAUUCAUUUUCCUUUUAUUUCAAAAUUAGUAGGAUCGCUUAUUCGAAAAAAAGUGCGUAAUAUUGAAGAAGUAAAAAAAUUUGUACGAAAAAAAUUCUUUGACAAAAUGGGUGAUGACGAGAAAGUUAACUUACGUAAAUGGGAAGAAGACAACAAUAAGUCAGCAGAAUGGGCUAUUGAUAUGAUGUCAAGAAAUAUCUAUUUAAGUAUUUCUAAAACAAUGGCUGGUUUCAAUGAGAUGCCGCGUGUUUUACAUUCAGACUGGGGUUUUGAUCCAAAGAAACUUUCAUCAUCACCAUCAAAACGAAAAGUAUUAAUUGUUGCUACACAAGGAGAUGAAAUCUCGCAUAUGGAAAUGUCAACUUAUUUAGUUGAAAGUUAUCCCAAUGCAGAACUCAAAAUAAUUAGUGGGGGACAUUUAGGUACAUUUUUUGAAUUUGAUUCAAUUAUGAAGACUUGGCUGACAGAUAUUGACAAAGACGAUACUGAAAAACUACAAUUGAACGAACAAGCGUCAUGUUCUUAA